AGGAAUUAGCUGCUACUUUUGAAGAUAAAAAACCCACUAAAUGAGUUCUUUUGAAGCGCAGUUUUUCUCUGAAAUUGAAAAGCUUCGCGUUCAGCUGUUGAACGAUCCUAUGGAGGAGGUUCAACGGGCUGUUAGGGAAAUCAGUCAAGAUGAAAUUUUAGCUCAAAUUGAAGGCGUAAUCCUGGGAGUGGUGACCAGUCUUUCCAGAGAUGAAGUGCCUGUCCUUGAACUGCCAAACAGAUCCAGUUGGGCCAAUGUCAGUUUUGACAGCGUCGUCGGGCUUCAGAUGAGUUCAGAGCGUUCUGCCACCUCUGUUAGGAGCGACUGUCCUUCGUCUGUUUCUAAGUUUGCACAAAUUCUGAAGAUUCUUUCCGUCAUCUACAGACUAGUGCAGAGCAACUCUUAUGCAACGAAAAGAGACAUAUAUUACAACAACACACAGCUGUUUGGGUCACAAAGAACUGUGGACAGUAUAAUAGAUGACAUCUCCUGCAUGCUGAAGGUUCCUCGCAGAUCACUACAUGUGUUGGCCACAUCCAAGGGCUUGAUUUCUGGCGAUCUGUGCUAUUUGGAGGAGGAUGGAACAAAGAUUGACUGUCACCCCAGCUCUGCUGCUGUUUCAGUUUCUUCAAACAUCGCUGGAAUUAAAAAUAUUGUAUCAUCAGCUAAAUUCAUCCUGAUCAUAGAGAAGGAUGCAACAUUCCAGAGGCUGCUGGAUGACAACUUCUGCGCAAAACUUUCUCCUUGCAUCAUGAUCACAGGUAAAGGUGUGCCAGACGUAAACAGCAGACUGAUGGUGAGAAAACUGUGGGACACUCUGCACAUUCCCAUCUUCGCCCUGGUGGAUGCUGACCCUCAUGGCAUUGAGAUCAUGUGUAUCUACAAGUAUGGAUCGGUGGCAAUGUCAUUUGAGGCCCACAGUCUGACCGUCCCAAGCGUUAUGUGGCUUGGCCUUCUCCCCUCUGACCUACAGAGGUUAAGGAUUCCUGCAGAGUCCCUGAUUCCUCUUACCAAGAGAGAUGAAAGCAAACUCAACAGUUUGAUGAAGAGACCAUACUUAACCAGCCAACCAGACUGGUGCAAAGAAAUGGAACUGAUGCAGCAGAAUAAAGUUAAGGCUGAAAUACAGUCCCUGUCCUCCAUUGCUCCUGACUUCCUUACCAACAUCUAUCUGCCCAAUAAGCUUCGAUAUGGAGGCUGGUUGUGACCAUUGUAGUUCCACUGAAAGGAAUAACUGUGCACUCCCACAAAAAGCUUUAUUUCUGUAAGUCAUCUGGCAUGUAAUCGGUUAGAAAACUAUCAAAUGAAUUUUUUGUUUGCAAUUUUCAAUAUUUACUCAAUAUUUGAUGUUCUUUUGCUUUAAUUUGAAAUGUCUGAUUAAACCCUGUGGUAGUAUAUUGGUUAACAGUAUAAAAUGCAAAGUCUAUUUAUGUACCUCAGUAUGCAUCACAUGGUUAUUUCCUGGUAUUCAUAUAGAAAACGACAACAGCAAAUGCAGAAAUAAACCUAUCUGUUUUCUAUCAAAUUUGCAUUUAUCAGUUCUGUAAUUUCACACAGAAGGUUGAAUAAACCCAGAAUGUAAACAGUUUAGGCAUAAAUGCUUUUUUCUGAAAACUGUUUUUGAUAACAAUAAUCUUGUCAU